AUGUUCUCCAGGUGCAAAAGGCAUCCAUCAGAUUGGGCGCAUCUGAACAAGGACUUGCUAGAAGCAAUUAUCAAGCUUCUUAGAUUUGACGAUUAUAUUCGUGUUCAAGCAGUAUGCAAGCUGUGGAGAUCAGUGGUGAAGCAGAUCCCUAUUCUACACGAACCGCACCAGCAACUUCCAUGGCUUAUAAUGCCAGAUGACAGUAGCGAUACUUGUCGCUUUUACAGUUUCAGUACGAACAAGUUUCAUCGUAUAGAGCUGCCUGAGCUUCGCGGGAGGAGAAUUUGCGGAUCCUCUCAUGGAUGGAUGGUUGUGGUGGAUAAACGCCCCGGUGUGUUCUUGCUGAAUCCACUCACCAGAUCACAAAUUCCACUGCCACCCAUUACAACUUUUCCUGAGAUUGUGGAUUUUUGGAUUUCUGAACUUGGCGAAGAAGAAUACCAUUAUCCAAACAACAGGUUAAUGAGGAGUGGAGAAUUCAUGAGAGAUCGCUUUUUUGAGAAGGUUAUUUUGUCUGUGAAUCCUUCCCUUAAUAGUGAUUACAUUGUCAUGGCAAUUUACGGUGAUAAUCAUGAUUUAGCCUUCUGUAGGGAAGGGGACGACGGUUGGACUUCAUUAUUGCAUGAAGAAAAAUUCGGGUUCUUUGAUGUGGUUUACUGGAAGGAAAGCUUCUAUGCUUUGAAUUCCGAUGGAAAUGUUGUUGUUUUGAGUGAUUCGGGGAGUCGGGUCCCUAAGAUAAACAGGAUAUUAGUGACUCCAUAUUCUUUCAUUCUGGAAAGAAAACGAUACCUAUUAGUAUCAGGUGAUGAAUUAUUAAUGGUUUCUAAGCGAAUGGGAUAUGGUUUUGGAGACGUCAAUAAUUUUGAUAGUCGGAGUCUUGAAUAUUAUGAUAAGCAUUGGGAUGGUUUUGCCGAGGAGUAUGAACUUGAUAAUGAGGAUGUCGUUGAUGAAGGCAAUGAAGAUGGUUGGAAUGUUCAUUUGGUAGAUGAUGAGGAUGAUGAUAAUGACAGUGAGGGUGAUGUUAAUGAGAAGAAAGUAGAUGAGAUUCCUGAAUGGAUUGAUGAUAGAAAAUUUGGAACAUAUUUAUACAAAACAAAUCGGUUCAUGAUUUGGAAGUUGGAUGAGGAGGAUGUUGGUGGUGGUGGUGGUGGUGGUGGUGGUGAUGAGGAGGAUGUUGGUGGUGGUGCUGAUGAUGACGAGGAGGAGGAGGAGCUUGACGAUGAUGCAGAGGUGGAGGAGGAAGAGGUGGAGAGACGAACUUGGGUUGAGGUUACCGGUCUAAAUGAUUGUAUGUUGUUUGUCGGAAGUAACUUUGGAUUAUCUUUUUCCGCUAAGGAUUUCCCGGAGUGUAAAGCCGAUCACAUAUACUUCACAGACGACCACCAGUUCGGCUAUACAAAAAACCUUGUUGGCGGACAUGACUUGGGAGCCUACAACAUGAAGACUAGGGAAGUUGAAUCAUUGCCUUGCUUUUCAAAAUCUACUCGUUGGCUAAUUUGGCCACCGCCCUGUUGGAUUACACUAUCUGCUUACUAA